AUGACUACGGGUCCUAGCCUGGCACUUACUGCAUGGGAUAAAACUGGCCCUGAGCUAGUAUGGGAAGCAAACCAGAACACUAUAGAUCCAGAGUCCGUGCCUGUUGGGCUGCAAUACAUACUCGACCCAGGGACUGAACAUACGGAUAUCCCCUCUACUGCUGCUGUUGCUGUCUCUACUGAGGACAUGCCACUUAGAAGAGUGACUCGAGCGAAUCCCACUCCACCACAUGAGGCUCCAGCUUUACCACCUGUAGCCCCCACUCCACCCCCAAAGAUCCUUGCUCCCCAGACUGAGGAUGUUGUUCCUCCACCUGAGACCGGUGUGAAUCCAAUCGUACCCGUCCCUGGUACUGUUGUUGCCUCUGCGGUGGCCUAUACUGUGGUCGCUGCUGAUGGGGUCACUGUUGUGCUAGAGGCUACUGCCGAGGUUGCUGCUGUGCUAGAGGCUGUUGUGGUGCUGUCGGUGGCUGUAGAUGAGGCUGCUGUGGUGUUCUCUGCGGCUGUAGAUGAGGCUGCUGUGGUGUUCUCUGCGGCUGUAGAUGAGGCUGCUGUGAUCCUCUCGACUGCUACAGAUGAGGGCAAGGGCACUCAGACAAGCGGUUGA